CGAAGAGACGCCAACAUGGCGGAAGGCGACAGUUUUUGAGUGGAGCGUGGUGGAGCGUGGAGCGUCAGGUCCCGAAAUCUUUCUACUGACGUAUAAAAUGCCGUCAAAAUGACGCAGUUUAUAGUUGUUCAAGUCGGGCAGUGCGGGAACCAGAUAGGAUGCAGAUUUUGGGACUAUGCAUUGCGGGAGCACACACUUCUGAAAGAUACUGUGGCCGAGAACUCAGCACUAUGGAAUUUUUUCCGCCCUGCUCACGAAUCGUCUGGAAGCCUUCGAGCUCGAGCUGUCAUGAUCGACAUGGAAGAAGGCGUUAUCAAUUCGACACUGCGCACCCCCUUAGGAAACCUAUUUACCAAUCAUCAGAUGGUUACCGAUGUGUCUGGAUCAGGGAAUAACUGGGCUGUGGGUUUCUACGAAUACGGUUCAAAAUACAGGAGCACCAUAGUGGAGAAGAUUCGUAAGGAGGCAGAGUUGUGUGACUGCCUUCAGGGAUUUUUUCUUCUGCAUUCUUUAGGUGGAGGGACUGGCUCAGGUCUUGGCUCCGCCGUUCUCCAAAUGUUGAAAGACGAGUUUCCGAGCGUCUUCAGGUUUGUCACAUCAGUGAUACCCUCUGCAACAGAUGAUGUGGUUACCUCCCCGUACAACACAGCUCUGGCUUUUGAAAAGAUUGCAGAGUUUGCCGAUUGUUCAUGCCCGGUUGAGAAUCAAGCUCUCAUCAAUAUUUGUGAUCAACUACAAAAAGUUCAACGAAGCACAACGAAAGACACGAGUGCCUAUUCCAAACUUGGUCAAAGGAAACAGGCCUUUGACCAGAUCAACAGCAUCGUGGCGUAUCUCUUACUGAAUUUAACGAGUUCAUCUAGAUUUCCAGGAAGCCUUAACGUGGACCUCAAUGAAUUAUGUACAAGCUUAGUACCAUACCCAAAACUACAUUUCUUGGUGUCAAGCGUCACUCCACUUCAUCAUAUAUUCGAUGCAUCGCUUCCUUCGCGGAGGCUGGAUCAGAUGUUCUCUGAUGCAUUCAGUGCUAACCACCAGCUUGUACAGUGUAAUGUGAAAAGUGGAGCACUGCUGGCUUGCACGCUUCUGGCACGAGGCAAUGUGAGCAUUUCAGACAUCAGAAGAAAUGUGGAGAGGAUUCGCUCUGAACUACGCUUUGUGCACUGGAAUCAAGACGGCUGGAAGACUGGGCUGUGUUCUGUGCCCCCUAUAGGCGCACAGCCACAUUCUCUCCUCAUGCUGGCUAACGCCACCUGCAUCCGCCACACAAUGGACCGUCUGAGGACUGAUGCUGCCAAACUCUACACCAGGAAGGCCCAUUUACACCACUUCCUCAAGGUAGCUGGCAUGGAAGAAACUCAUUUCGGUGAUGCCCUCGCUCAACUCGGUGAAGUGUCCGCAGAAUACAAAACUCUCGAGACAACAGACUACAGCAGGCUUGUCUUGCCAAGACUCGGUGUCCUUCUCUAGUGACGCGCUUGGGACACACUUUUAUUUUUCGACCGACAGAGAAGUAAAACAAAAGAAAGUGAACAACA